UUAAGAACCAGGAAGUGUCGACAGGGAGGGGACUGUUGCUAUGGUGGGGUUACCAUGGCAGCCUCCUUAAAUUGGGUUCAGGUGUGAGCAUGGGCAGGGCGAUUGGAGGACAAACAGUUUUCGACCGUGUGGUGUCUUGUCGUGACUUGUGGUGACAAUGCUGUUAUAAUGUGCCAUUCAAGUUCUACAGUACUGGACAUUCUAAGAUUUACACGCGUCAAACUGGUCAACACAGUCGCCCUCGGUACCAGCCCAAAGGGAGGAAAAACAUGCACGGUAUUCUGACUGCUCUGCCUGGAUUCCAGAGAGGACGAGAGGAGAAGGUAGAAGGAUGCAGAAGUGUAAACAACUCCAAUGAAGAAUGGCGCUAGAACUGCAAUUAAGAAUUUGGCAGGUGGUCAUUUUGUGUCUUUGGUUUGAGCAAGCGCUGCAGGAUCCCAAUGGCCCACCGGUGUUUGAUGCAAACCUGAUGUUUGAGUUUUUGUUGGGUGGGCUAGAACUCAACCAGGACAACAACAUUCUCCUCCUGGAUGAGGAGAUGGCAUCCAUGAGGCCGGGCCGGUCCUUCUUGACUCACAUCAAUGACAACAUCCCCAGAUGUCUGAGCUCCAUGCAGCAGAAGAUCAACACGCUGAAGACUCAGAAUCGGCGGCCACUGACUGGGGAUCAGUUUGAGAGUCUCGUCCUGAGCACGGUGGUCUCGGCCCAGCGGACCUGGCACCAGCAGGGGGUUGAGGAUCGGGAGGCCUGGGCUGAAAUGCUCCUGCAGCUUGCAAACGUCACCGUACAUGACCUACGUGGAAGUUAUCUCUUUAAUUAUGCAUAAUUCUCCAGAGAAGAUGUGCAAUAAACACACCUGCAACACA